AUGGAAGCUCUGUCCUUGCAGCAUUUUCCAGAGAUGGUAUUAACCACAAAAGCCUUUGAUGGUUAUGAGUAUUUAACCAGAUGCCUCCUGGGUUUUUCUUUAGAAAUACUCGUAUCAGAGGGGCAAAGCUUCCUCAUAAAGAACAUCCGGCUGGAAAAGUGCAUGCAGGUCGCUCAACAGGAGAGCGACCAGAUCAGCCUGGCUGAUUGCAAGCUGCAUGCCCAGCAGCAGCAAUGGAGGUGGGACCCCAGAACAAAGUCCAUCGUCAGCCUUAAAACCAAACAGUGCCUGACCAUCCAGAAGCCGCAGGAGUUCGCAUCAGCCUACCUGGAGUCAUGUGGGGACAGGGAGCGCCAAAUGUGGGCUUGCAGCAAGAAGGGACACUUGACCUUGCACGGCCUGGGCUUGCAUCUCAACACGAAGCCAGGCCACAGGGUCUUUGUGUCCCGGAAGAAAGACAAGUUCAGCAAGUGGAAGACCCUGUCAGAUGAAACCAUCUGUGCUGUCAGCCCCACAGUGGCUACGAGGCUUGGUGACCCGAUGCAGGAAGCUGUAGCUGCGUUGGUGGGGGUUCACAAAACUAAAACCAUCAGUUCCUCUGCAAAGAUCCACACCAGCUCCAGGGGCUCUCUGAUGGAGUUGCCUGCCUCCACGUUGGCUGAGUUUAACAGCACAGUUCCUCCACCACGGAGCGACCAGAUGCUUCUAGCAAUGGAGGAGGAAGUAUCUGGCCAAUUUAAAAAUCAACCUGGACACCGAGGGAAAGGUGCUGGGGCCAGGCCUACAGCCACCAAGUGGAAGACAGCCAUGCUAGUCCUCAGCCCCUUCGCAUUUAUACUGGGGCUGAUUAUACUGACUCUGAAUGUUCGUUACAACAAGAAGAAGAAGCUCUCUGCUCUGAAGAGCUACCCAGAGAGCUGCAGCAGAGCUGCCUUACAGGAGCAGUCUCCAUUAAUGGUGACAGCAGGCAGCUGGCAAAGCAGCACACCAGCCUCUCAUUCCUCUUCCUUGCAGCAUGGGGAAAUACUGAUUGAGUGGAAGGAUGGGACCGUCACUCCCCUUUUUGAUAAAGCUAACUUUUAGAUGGGCUACCUCCCAACUAACUGAGCCCGUUGCUUCUAUACUAUAGUGCCCUCUGAUAAAAUACUCCCACUGGGAACAAUCUAUCCCUAGUGAAUUUUCUUCAGUAGCCUAAUGGUUUUGAUAGAAACCAGCAAACACUGUUUAACACUUGAGAACCAUCACAUGAUGCAGCACAAAGUUAUAGCAGACAGGGCAGAUUGUGUUCUGUUUGUUGAGGUGCAUACAGGGCCGGCUCUAACCUUUUUUGCUGCCCCAAGCAAAAAAAAAAGAGCACCCCCCCGCCGUAACAGUCCC